AUGACAGGUGCAACUAUUCCUUCUCAACUACCUCCCGAGGUCAAGAAUGAAAUACGUCAUGCAGUGGCUAUCGUGCAAGGAAAUCAACCUACAUCACUUGUACCACUUCAGUCUUCUACAAGUAUAUCCAACCAGCCUACAGGUAUACCCAGCCAGCCUACGAGUAUUCCUGUUCAGCCUACGAGUAUUUCUAUUCAACCUACCGGCAUUUCUAUUCAGCCUACGGGUUACAAUGGACCUAUGAUGACAGCACCUAUGCCAACAGGUAUGCUGAACAACAAUAUGGAUUUUGCCAACCGCAUGAUGCCUCAUACAACCAACUACACCCCUCCUUCAGGCUUUGAAAGUCUUUCGAAAAACGUCAAAAUUCCAUGGGCUGUCACUGCUGAAGAAAAGAAACAGUAUGCCAAGAUCUUUAAGGCUUGGGACAUAGAUAAAAAGGGCACCAUUUCAGGUGAAAAAGCCAAAGACAUCUUUUCUCAAUCUGGAUUACCUCAAAAUGUGUUGAUGCAGAUUUGGAAUUUGGCAGACCCAAACAAUCAAGGCAAACUCAAUGUGGAUGAGUUCUCGGUAGCCAUGCAUUUAAUUUACCGUAAAUUGAAUGGUUACAAUGUACCAGAAACAUUGCCUCCAGAACUUGUGCCACCUUCUACCCGUGAUUUAGCAGAAAGUGUAGACCUGUUGAAAAAGACGAUUCUGGACGAUAUUGCUAAAAAGAGACAUAUUGCCAACUUUCGUUCUUCGCCUUCGUUACCUACUUCACCUCCUACAAGAUCUGUCAGCAGUAGUCCAUCUUUACGCUCUACAAAAAACAAAGAGGAAGACAAAGAUACGGAAGUGGGGUAUGUGUCCAGUGCUCGUCGUAUGGGACCAGACAGAAACCGUGUGCGCGACAUGAGCUCUUCCUCUCCUAAUUUGACUUCAUACGGUUACCGUGGUAAACAGACGCGUAUUUUUGAUUUACGCAAAGACAUUGAAGCAUGCAAAAAGCAAAUUGAACAAUACGAACAAGAAGCUAUUCACCCUGUGGCUACACCUUACAGCCAACUAUCAGCACUUGAUAAAAAAGACAUUGAUGGCCUGAAAGACAGAAUACGUGAAUUACAACAAGAGAUCUCAAAGACAGGCAGUGAACAAGGAUAUGAUGCAUGGAACACAUAUAUCUCAAAGACAGCUGAAUUGGCCCAUUUAGCUGAACAAGAGAAAUCAUUAGAGACAGAGAUAGAAUAUAUGCUGAACGUGACAUUAAAGGGCUUAUUGGCUCAAGUAGACGAAACAGAAGACGACCUAAGAGAAAAAAAGGUACAGGCUGCUCAAGCAAAAGCAUCCAGCACAGAUGUCCCACUUGAUAUUGUAGGCACAGGUCCUCAUGGUGAAGUGACCGAAAGCGAUCGCAUCAAAGCUAAGGCGAAAGCCAUGGUCGCUGCUCGUAUGGGUAAAUUGACUGGAAAGUCAACAACCCAUGUCAAGGCAGACAUUGACAAGAUUGAUCAAGAGCGUCAAGAAUUCAAAUUGUACACAAACAGUAUCGCUGAUCUUCUGCAAGAAUUACAGGAUGCUGUCAAGGCUAUCCAACUCGAAAUGAGCAUGAUUGGCCUUGAUAUUCGAAAGCAUGAUGAAGACCAAAAGAAGAUUGAAGAACGCGGACGAUUUGAACAUGGUGAAAAUGUAGCUAAAGACCUGAAAGAGUUUAUUCAAGAAUUAUCUUAUCAUGCUGAAUUAGCCAAAGCACCUGAUGUAGACCCUUCUUUUGAGUCAAGGUUUCCCUCAUUUUAA